AUGGCAACUUCUGUUCUUUCCAAGCAAACAUUAUCCAAAUGGUUCUCCAACAAGAGCUUCGUGCUAAGUGCACAUCGCCUUCAUCAUCAUUCCAAACAGGAAUCAAACGAUGAACUCCAACAAACAUUUCGUCGAUUGGACACUAACGGUAACGGAAAGGUCGAAGGCUUUGAACUCAGAUCCUACUUUGCCUCCAUAAGGGAGUUCAUGUCACCUAAUGAGGCUCAAGGUGUGAUCAAUGAACUGGAUGCAGCAGGCGGCGACGAUUUGACGCUAGAUUUUGACGAUUUUGUGAAGUUGAUGGAACGUGAAGGUGGGGAUGAUGAUCUGAAAAGAGGGUUUGAUAUGUUCGCAUUGAAGGGUUCUGGGUCCAUUACAACAGAAGGCUUGCAGAAGAUCUUCAGUCGCCUUGGCAACAAAAUGUCCAAUGAAGAGUGCAAGACCAUCAUACAGGCAUUCGACCUUAACGGCGACGGUGUGAUUGAUUUCUCUGAGUUCCAGCAGUUGAUGGCUUAA